GGAUGCUCGCUAUGUUCUAGGCUUUAUGUAAUUAUCACUUUUAAUCUUAAAAGCACUAUUUUGUUGUCGAAAAAAUAGGUUUAAUGAGAUUAAUCUGGUAAGUGAUGAAUUAAAAUUGAAACCCAGGUCUGUCUGACUUCAAAAUUUGUCUGGUUAACUAUUAAUCUAAUGCUGUCAGUUUUGUAAAACCACUAUGUGCAAUUUUAAUGAGCUUAUCAGAUUUGGUGCUUUCUAGUAUACUUAUGAAGUGUUUGGAAGAGUACUUUUAGUUGUUACCAAACACUUGUAGGUUAUUUAAACUAUUAAACUGUAAAAUACAUCCAGCUCUGUGAUAGUUACAUUACUGUUAAGUAGAACCAGAACAUCUAGAAUGGAAACUAGUAAGGGCAUUUCAAUUUGCAUUACAUUCCUUUUUGGAACUGUUUGCGUAGUUGUUUAAAGGUACUUAAUACCUUGAUAUGUAGUAAUAUGACUGUUAGAAAAGUUGAAUAAAAAAUGGCACAGAUACCCUAAUGAACAAAAUGAUUAAUGUUCAUAAUAGGAACAAAAGGCACAAUUCUGGCUUACAUAACUUUGAUUGUGACUUCUUCAUAUAAUCAGCAAAGAGCUUUCUAGCUGAAAUUGAUAACUUUGCUUCUGGGAACUUUGGGCCAGAGAGGAAGCCUUUCCUCCAGUUUUGUUCUUGUUAUGGCAGAGUUUAAACUCAAGUUUCCUUAUUAAGUUAUAGUGUAAAAGAAACAUUUGCCUUAGAAAUACCUCAAGACAGAGCACCUUACUUUCAUGUAGUUGCAAACAAAAAUAUAACUCUGUGUUAUUUUAUUCUAUACUUGGCCUAUCUUUUUUCAUCAUAUACCAGCCAAAUUUAAUAAUUUUUUUACUUUAUGGAAAUAUACUUAGUGGCUAAGUUUUCAGACAAAGUCAUCUUUUAGGCAGAAAAGGUGAUGCACAUCUGUAUUGACAGCUUAAUAUUUUUCUUGUGUAAUUUAUUAAAGUUUUAAGUUCGUAGGCCAGAUUUAGGACUGCUUCUUUUUUUAUAGCAAUGAAGUUGAAAGAAUGGUGGAAAGGCAUGAACGCUUUAAACCUGAGAUGUUUGCAGAAUUGCUACAAGCAGCAAAUACGACAGAUGACUAUAGGAAAUGUCCUAGUAACUGUGGCCAAAAAAUAAAAAUUCGCCGUGUUUUGAUGAAUUGCCCAGAGAUUGUUACAAUUGGUUUAGUUUGGGACUCUGAACAUUCUGACUUGACAGAAGAUGUUGUUCGGAAUUUAGCAACACAUCUUUAUCUUCCUGGGCUUUUUUAUAGAGUUACUGAUGAAAAUGCCAGGAAUAGUGAACUUCACCUUGUUGGUGUCAUCUGCUAUACCAGCCGGCAUUAUUGUGCCUUUGCUUUUCAUACCAAGAGUUCCAAAUGGGUAUUUUUUGAUGAUGCAAAUGUGAAAGAGAUUGGAACUAGAUGGAAAGAUGUUGUCUCCAAGUGUCUCCGAUGCCACUUUCAGCCACUGCUUUUGUUUUAUGCAAACCCAGAUGGCACAGCAGUUUCUACUGAAGAUGCACUUAGGCAGGUUGUCAGCUGGUCACAUUACAAGUCUGUUGCAGAAAAUAUGGGAUGUGAAAAGCCUACAGUUUAUAAGUCAGAUAAUUCAAAAGAAAAUGGAUUUGGUGAUCAGGCAAAACAGAGAGAAAAUCAUAAGUUUCAAACUGAUAAUAUUUCAACAUUUAAUCGGUGCCACAUUCAGACAAGUGGAGGGAGAGGACCAGUUAAAUUAAGUCACAUUGAUCAAAGGGAUAAGAUGAAAGACAUUUCCAGAGAAUGUGCUCUAAAAGCUAUUGAACAGAAAAACUUACUUUCUUCACAAAGGAGAGAUUUAGAGAAGGGACAAAGAAAAGAUUUAGGCCGACAUAGAGAUUUGGUAGAAGAAAACCUUUCACAUUUCCGGUCCGGGUCCCCUCCUGCCGUAAAUGGCUUGAGACAACAUGGGAAUCCACAUGUAUAUCGUAGUCAAGGAAAAGGACCAUGUAAACAUGAUCGAGUUACCUGCCAGAGUCGGGCUUCUGCACAAACAAUAAGUUCAAGUAAAGCCCAGGUCCCUGCUCCGGGAGAGAAGACAACUGGCAAAGUUAAGAGUGACUGUGGCACUGGAUACGAUACUGACAGCAGCCAAGAGUCUAGGGAUAAAGGAAGCAGCUGUAAUAGCAACAGCAAAAGCCGGAACCGAGGUUGGAAACCUAUGAGAGAAACGCUAAAUGUUGAUAGUAUUUUUAGUGAAAGUGAAAAAAGACAGCAUAGUCCGAGACAUAAAUCAAAUAUCAGUAACAAACCUAAAUAUAGCAAAGAUCAGAGUUUUAAUAAUUGGCCAAAAGAGAAUCCGAAGCAGAAAGGUUUAAUGACCAUCUAUGAAGAUGAAACGAAGCAGGAAAUAGGAAGCGGAAGUUCCCUUGAAUCUAAUGGAAAAGGAGCAGAGAAAAAUAAAGGCCUCGUGGAGAGUCAAGUUCAUGGUGAUAACUGGCAGAUGCAGAGGACCGAGUCUGGCUACGAAAGCAGUGAUCAUAUCAGUAAUGGAUCUGCUAAUUUGGACUCACCUGUCAUUGAUGGAAAUGGUGCAGGAGUGGAUAUCAGUGGUGUUAAAGAAACAGUAUUCUUCAGUGACCAGAUUAAGACAAACAACCUAAAUAACGAAGGCAUGGACUCUAUAUCCCUUCAGAGCAAAAACCACUUAGAAGGCUUUAGAAAAGAACUCAGGAACUUGGAAACAGGCUAUAAACCUCAUGAGUUCCACCCAGAAUCACAUCUCCAGACAAAAAAUCAUUUGAUAAAAAGGUCACAUACAUGUGAAACCAAUGGCAAGUUAUUUCCUUCAUCCAGUCCACAAACACUCAAGGACCAUACUGCAAGAGAGCAUAUCCACCAGUCAGAUGAACAGAAACUUGAAAAACCAAAUGAAUGCAGAUUUUCUGAGUGGCUUAGCAUAGAAAAUUCUGAGAGACGAGGUUUACCUUUUCAUGGUGAUAACCCUGCUUCUGGGAAGAGAGUGAACAGUAAUGAAUUAGUCUCACCAUCUUCAUUGUGGUCUUCACACAUGAGAACUGUUGGGUUAAAGCCAGAAACUGCUCCCCUCAUCCAGCAACAAAAUAUGAUAGAACAAUGUUACUCUGCAGACUCUCUAUCCAGGGAACAUACAGUUCAGUCAACCUGCAGAUCUGAUGGUUGUCAGAUGCCAAAACUCUUUUGCCAGAAUUCACCACCUCCUUUGCCACCAAAGAAAUAUGCUGCAACCAGUGUGCCACAGUCAGAGAAAAAUGAAUCUCCGCUUGAUGUCAAUAUUACAGAGGGGUUUAAAGCUAAUUCUACUAGUCUUCCAAAGCACAGUUUAAGUUCCGCUUCGGAACCAAGUUUAGAAGGCAGUAUGUAUAUGAAUGACAAAAGACAGAAAGAAACAUUUCAAGUGAAAGAAUGUGUUGGCAAUACAUCAGACUCCCCGUCCAACUCUUCAACUGGUUUUCAGGCAAACUCAGGUGCAGUUGUUGAUGCAUUUGGCCAACCAGAACUUGACUCUGGUUCUACAUGUCCAAGUGAGACAGUUUCAUUAACUACCUAUUUUUCAGUUGAUAGCUGUAUGACUGAUACAUACAGAUUGAAAUAUCAUCAGAGGCCCAAGCUCUGUUUUCCAGAAAGCAGUGGCUUUAGUAAUGAUAAUUCACCAUCUCAGAGUGAAAGACAGCUAGGACCUGUGUUACAUAAUAGUCUGGAUUCAAACUGCCCUUCCGAGCAAAGAUGUAAACCUAGCAUACGUUGUAAUAGAUAAAAUGGCAAAAUUGGCAAGCUUGUACUUCUCAGAGGCCAUUUAAAUAUAACAGGAACCUACUGACCAAACCUAGUGAUACAUAAAGUCAAAACUCAUGGCAUUUUUAAAGUCGUGAAUCACUUUAUAUAUGUAUGUGUGUAUGUAUGUAUAAUUUAUAUAAAGCUUUAUGAUCAAUUUAUUGGAUAUUUUAGAAAUUUCCUUUGAAUAGUCUUGGCAUGCCUUGAAAAAUAGAAAAUUGGGGUAUGUAACAAUUCAUUUGCCAUAUGCUACAGUUGAAUAAAAAUUAAAUGUGUCCCUC